GGAGGCGGGGAGGCUCAGUGCGCCUGCGCGUGUCAGCGUCGUCGUCCAGAAAGCACACGCUCGCUCCCCUUCCGCCAUUUCGGGGCCAUUCCCCGCCUGCGCCUUCCCCUCUUUCCUUCCUUGCCCGCGGGCGCCCUCUGGCGGCGGAGGCAACAGCGGGGCUAGUUCGGGGGCGGGCGUUUGAUGGCUGUCGUCGGGGGCCAUGGCCGAUUACGGGGAGGAGCAGCGCAACGAGCUGGAGGCCCUGGAGUCCAUCUACCCGGACUCCUUCACAGUGUUAGCAGAAAAGCCCCCAAGUUUCACUAUCACUGUGACGUCUGAAGCAGGAGAAAAUGAUGAAACUGUUCAGACAACCCUCAAAUUCACAUAUCCAGAGAAAUAUCCAGAUGAAGUCCCACUUUAUGAACUUCUUUCUCAAGAGAAUCUUGAAGAUGGUGAUGUUACAGACAUAUUGAAAUUAUUACUGGCGCAAGCAGAAGAGAACCUUGGUAUGGUAAUGAUCUUCACACUAGUAUCGGCUGUGCAAGAGAAAUUAAAUGAAAUAGUAGAUCAGAUAAAAACAAGAAGAGAAGAGGAAAAGAAACAGAAGGAGAAAGAAGCAGAGGAGGCAGAAAAGCAUUGUUUCCAUGGCACUCCGGUCACCAUUGAAAACUUUUUAAGCUGGAAAGCAAGAUUUGAUGCUGAGCUUUUAGAAAUUAAAAGAAAAAGGAUGAAAGAAGAAGAGCAGUCUGGUAAAAAUAAGCUAACAGGAAAACAGCUGUUUGAAACAGAUCAUAAUCUUGACACUUCUGACAUUCAGUUUUUAGAAGAAGUUGGAAACAGUGUGGAAGUGGAUGAAUCCUUGUUCCAGGAAAUGGAUGACUUAGAAUUGGAAGAUGAAGAGGAUGAUCCAGAUUACAAUCCUGUCCAUCUAGACAGUGACUAGACUGAAAUUUCUGUGCCAUCUAUACUUACCUAGAGAUUUGAACAUUUGUACAGAGAGAAACCAAGAUAUGUUUUGGUUCCCUUUGGAAAAAUAUUUUCAUGCCAGGAAACCUCUCCUCUGGCAUCUUUCAUCACAGAUAAUAAACCAACUAACAUUUGAAAUAUAAA